AUGAUAGAUACAGGUAGUCAGGUAAAUAUUCUCAAAAUAAAUUGCUUACGCGAAGAACUAGAAGUAGACGAAACGCAAAAAAUAAAUCUACGCGGUAUAAAUGAAUGUCUUACAAAAACCAUAGGGAAAAUAUCAAUAUUAAUUAAAUUAAAUAGCGAAAACAUUAAAACAGAAUUUCAUAUCGUAAGUGCACGAUUUCCAAUACCCAAGGACGGAAUAUUAGGAAACGAUAUCUUGUCGAAAAAUAACGCAAUAGUCGAUGUAGCAAACAACAAAUUAAUUAUUCAAACGACCUCGCAUGCGCUAACAAAUUUCAAGGAGACCGACAAAACCAGUUUUAUUAAAUUAAAUCCGCGGACUGAAACUAUUGUAGGAAUACAGAUAGCUGACCCACUCAUAGAAAGCAAAGAAAUAUUUAUACAUAAGCAAGAACUAGUAAAAGACGUAUAUUGCAGUAGUACAGUAUCAAUCGUUAAUAAUGGUAGGGCAAUAGUCAGCAUGUUGAAUAUCUCGGAAGAAACGAAAAAUAUAUCUGAAUUUGAUUUAAAUAAAAUACUCUUUGAUACUGAAUACGAAAUAUAUAAUGUAGAAUCGACAAAUGAUCAUAAAGAACGAAUAGAACGUUUGAAACAAGUAAUAAUAACUGACCACAUGGACGAAAUUGAAAAACAAUCUAUUUACGAAAUAUGCGAACGAUAUAAUAACAUAUUUCAUUUGGAAGGGGAUGUUUUAACAUUUACCAAUGUCGGUACACAUUCUAUUAAGUUAAAAAAGGAUCAGCCACCUAUCUAUCGUAGACCUUAUAGAUUACCACACGCACAACAGGAGGAAAUAAAUUCACAAAUUCAAAAAAUGGAAGAAAAUGGAAUUAUCGAGAAAUCGAGAAGUCCAUGGAAUUCCCCACUAUUAUUAGUACAAAAGAAAAUGGACAAUUCAGGCAAACAAAAGUUUAGAGUAGUAGUAGACUUUAGGGCACUUAACGAAGCUACUAUAAAUGAAUUUCACCCUUUACCAAAUAUUACAGAAAUACUAGAUCAACUAGGAAAUAGUCAAUUAUUCUCUCUAUUAGAUUUAUCGAGUGGUUUUUACCAAAUUUUGAUGGAAGAAGACUCACGAGAGUUAACAGCCUUUUCGACUAACCAAGGUCACUGGCAUUUCAAACGAAUGAUACAGGGAAUGAAAACGAGUCCCGGAACCUUCCAAAGAGUUAUGAAUUCAGCUCUGGCAGGUUUAAUAGGAAUAAAAUGCUUAGUAUACUUAGACGAUAUAAUAGUAUAUGGGAAAAAUUUAUAUGAUCAUAACGAAAAAUUAAUAGAAGUUUUCGAGCGUUUACGAAUAAGCAACUUAAAAUUACAACCAGAUAAAUGCAACUUCUUAAAAAGAGAAUGUGUAUAUCUAGGACACGUUAUUACGAAAGACGGAAUAAAACCCGACGAACGUAAAUUAAAAGCAGUAGUAGAAUUUCCAAUACCAACAACUGUAAAAAACAUAAAAUCAUUUUUAGGAUUAAGUGGUUAUUAUAGGAAAUUCAUAAAUUCAUAUAGCGCAAUAGCAAAACCACUAACCAAUUUAUUAAAGAAAGACACGAGUUUCGUAUGGAGUAACGAAUGUCAAAAGUCAUUCGAUACCUUGAAGGCAGCGUUAUGCUCAGAACCAGUUUUAAAAUAUCCGGAUUUCACAAAGACCUCUUAUUAA